UUGUCUUGCUAGGCGAGAAUAAGGUGAUCUUAGGCUAUCAGUAAGAACGCUCCGAGGAGAACAAAAAUAUUGCUGCGGUGCUUCAGGUCUUCUUCUUCUUCUUCUUCUUCUUCUUCUUCUCAUUGCUUCUUCUUCCGGGGAUCGAGAGUCGGUGAAAGAGGCAUGUUGCAGAACAUGAUCGAACAGAAUCCCGAGGGGCUCUUAAUUGAGGGUAUCUCCAGCCCCAUCGCCGCUCAGCUUCUCGACUUCUGCGAAGACGACGACGGCAGAGCGGCCGGUGACCUCUUCCCAGGCUCCGAUUACCAGCAGCACCAGCCCAUCCUCUUCGCGCCUUAUGACGACGUGUCCUCCUCCACCGCCGCCGCCACGACGGCCGCCAGCACACCGCUUUGCUGCUACCCCGGUGACGACGCCUCGUUCUCCCCCUUCCCCUCCUUCUACGCCCUCCUCGACGCCUCUCCACCCCGGCCCGAUCCCGAUCCCGAGCCCGACCUCGCCCACUACCCUUCCUCCUCCUCCUCGUCCUCGAACCCCCCUCCUCCUCCGGCGAUUCUCUCGGUCCCGCCACCUCCGUACUCGGGGGAUCCGUUCGAUCAGCUCGUGACGACGGAUGCCAUCUCCAGCGAGUACCCGUUCGACCACGGGUUGGUGGUCCGGGUGCCGGCGGCGGGGCCCUCAGCGAGCCAGCAGCAGCACCCGCAGGCGGCGUACGAGGAUGAGCGCUACUCGGCGGCGGGGGGAAUGCAGCAGUCGUCAGAGCUGGUGAGGCUGGAAGCGCCGCCGUGCGGGUUCAUCGAAGGGGUUGGAAUCGGGGCGCUGUACUGCGGCGGGAUGCUGUACGGCGGCGAGCGGCCGCAGGGACUCUCCGGUGGAGGAAUGCCGGUGCUGGGGCCGGUCAACGUGUCGGAUAGCAGCGGUCUGGGGCCGUACGUCCAGGACGCGAUGCCCCACAUGUACAGCUCCGGCGACUUGCAGGUUCUUGGCGGAGGCAGCCAGCAUCUGAUGGGAGGAUGCAGUGGCAACCAGCCCCCGGCGCCGCUGCCGACAUCUGACGUCGCACCGUUGGAUGACUCCGCCUACAAAGUUGGCCGCUUGUCCGUGGAGGAGAGGAAGGAGAAGAUCCACCGGUACAUGAGGAAGCGCAACGAAAGAAACUUCAGCAAGAAGAUCAAGUAUGCAUGUCGGAAAACUUUAGCAGACAGCCGACCUCGAGUCCGGGGAAGGUUUGCGAAGAAUGACGAGCUCGGAGAGGUGGCAAGACUGAGCUCCAGCAGCCAUGAAUUCGACGACGACGAAGAAGUAAGCUCUCAGCCUGCCUAUCUAGAUAUCAUUCCUAUGGAGAGUUACUUCAGAUCUCAGCGACUCUGCUCGUGCAGGCGGUCGUCAAGGAGGAAGACAUCCUCGACUCCUCUGACAUCCUUGCACAUAUCAGCGGGGUGAACUCGUUCAAGUACAACUACACCCUUGAAUCCUGGAUAUGACUCGAGCGGCCUAAACAAGGAGAGUUCAUCAUCCAUCCAAUAAACUCAAUGGUGUGGAGAAUGUUGUUACUACGACGAGUUCUUCCCCAUAUACUUCCUUAUCUCCAUGUUUCGACUUCGAAGAAUUAUCCUCGUUCAUUCACUUGUUAGCUGUGAAGUUAAAAAUAGAUCUACGAAUU